AUGAACUAUUCCACUAGUACCAACAAUGUAGUUGGUAAAUUUGAGACAGAAUUAGAAUGGAAAAAAGAGGAACUUCUGCUGGAGGAGGAGGAAUUCUGGUUGCGUAAAAAACGCAUGGAAUUCGAGCGACGAUUCGAAAGUGUCGGUGCAGACGAAGUUGACGCACGAGGUGUACAGUUGGAAUCUCCUUACAAACCCCAGGCUAAUUUGAUGCCUUCAGCGGGUGACGUGGUUCAGGUUAUUGAGUCCUCUCUUAAAUCGCUUAUCAUGGGAAUUAGCCUACCUAAGAUUGAGGUAAACUAUUUUGAUGGCUCACCUCAGCACUAUCACAAGUUUGUGCGCAAUGUUGAAGGCAGCGUUGCUGAUCGAAUUGCAGACGACAAUCAGAAAUUGUCUUAUUUAUUGUACUAUUGUAGAGGCAAGGCAAGAGAAGCAAUAGAACAUUGUUCGCUGUUGCCCAAAGGUGAUGGAUACCAUGAGGCCUUACGCAUUUUACGGCAUCAGUUUGGCCGUCCACAUGACGUUAUUCGAGCGGUAAGCCAGGCAGUAUUUGUUGGUCCUAGAAUAAGCUCGGGUGAUGUCGAAAGCCUAAGCAGUCUCGCUAGAUGGAUGAGAUCGUGUGAGGUCACAAUGACACCAUUAGGGAACGCAGCAGAGCUCAACUCCCCUAACGACCUCGUCCGUAUGACAGACAGAUUACCCAGAACCCUCCAGGAAAAGUGA